CUCUUAGAGGAGAAUGAAACUGCCAAGUUGCCAGAGGUUUGUCGAUGAGCGGAGCGCAGAAGUGUGUAAACGGGGACCGAGUUCGUGCUCUUAUCUCGAGAAUAUCAUCAUCGGAAAGCAAUGUGACCAGAUGAAAGAUGUUAGCAAUAGGAACGGAGUGAACGAUAGUGCUGUCAGGCUGCGCUGGAGAAGCUUAUUCUAAAGUGAUGAAUGAGUGGUGGAAGCUGCUCUAGCAACACCCUGUUGAAUAGAAACGUUUAGCCGUGCCUUUCAAUAAACCUACCUGGCAACCCGAUCAGCUGUCAGCUGCCCCAGUUAAAGCUCCCUUUAAUGUGGAGAUCAACAAGUUGAAACUGUUGGCAUAGAACGAAGAUUUGACGCCAUCUGGUGAUUUUGUUGGCUAGGAGACUUUUUCAAACUUUUCGAAGCCGGUUGUAGCGUACAGGCUUCCUCCUCUUUCACUCCAAAGUAGGGACUCGACGACGGACUAAGGUUUCCUUCGUCAUCAGAAGGCCGCCAGCAUCUGCUUCUACGUUGUAGCCCGCAAUACCUCCAGGAAAAAGCAACACAUCUUUUUCGCCAUGGUCACGACAAACUGAGUUUCCUGUGGUACAACGGCCACCAAUUUUCCAGUCAGAGGAGACGACAUGAUGGCAUGAAGGCAAUCACUCAGUAACCUGAUAAUUAUCAUGGCACAAAUCCCUUCUCACUAUUAUGGGAAUUAUUCGGAGCAUCAGCAGGUGAUGUCAGAGAAUUGCCACUCGUCCUACCCUGGUCCCUUUAGUGAAGGAAACUACUCCUGUACCAGUCCAGCUAUCAACAUAGCAUCGCAAUAUUCUCCAAGCAAUUACCAGCCCACUUUCACACCAGCACCAACGCCACCUUUCCAGAAUCCCUACUGUGGACAAUCCUAUUGUGAGCAGUCGCCAAACUUUCAUCAGAAUUCUGUUGCUAACCCCUUCAGCGUAGAGAGAAACAGUUACCUGACCAACCAAAGAAUCGACAAUGUGAAGACAACGAAUGACAUCUACGAAAGACGCCAUUCACUUGAACUUGGAGAACCUCUCGACGAAAUUCCUGUGGAAUCCCUUUUGCGCAUCAGCAAGCUAGAGGGUCAACUAAUAAGUGAAAGUGAAGCUGAAGACGCGUCCUCUGAUUUGUGUUUGUCGAUAUCACGCCAUAACGACUUUUCUUCCGUUCUCACGCCUGACUCCUCUGAUGAUUUUUUGUUUGCAACUGACAGAGACGAAGAAGAUUCAAGGUCAACCAUGUAUUCAAUGAAUUCAACCUCAGAUUCAGCCGUGUCAGCACAUUCUGUGGGUCAUGGUUACGACCAUUCCAGCACAUCUUCAACCUCACCCAAUCCGGUCUCUUCUUGCAUGAAGUCUCCAUUUGAACCGGGAAAUUUCACAGAUUCUCUCAUUCCUAGUCAGCCAUUCACCCAACACAGUAACCAGGCCACCAUGAAUCCAAGUCCUGCACCUUCUAAUAUAAGUUGUGGUAGCUUAAACAACAGUUUCCUUACCUCAAAUAGUCAUGUCUCCCUAGAAUCGGGACAAAUGGUGGGUUUCCCCCAAGUCAGUCCCAAAUAUAGCCAGAGCCUGGCACAAAACUACAUUGAUCCUUUUAUGCAGAAUAAAGAGCAAGAUCUGAAAAUGAGUGAAGCCAGUUCCAUGAAAAAGAAACCCAAGCAGGUUAAAAAAGCUCCUAAAGAGGAGCAAGGUGGACCAAAGAUUUCCAAAAAACCAAAGGUUUCAGAUACUCCUAAGUUUCCAGUCCCAGUUUCAUUCAACGAGGCAGUUAUGAACGCUAAUACCGACAGUUCAAGCGCGCACAGUUUAUCCUCUCACUUAGAUGCAUUUGACGAAGAGCUGCUCAGUGGUGACAACUCUGACCCGGACUACCCAGGGAGCGGAGAGUCUUCUGCUGCAUCACAAUCCAAGGCCAGUGGAGAACCCCAAAGAAUCGUGAGGAAGAGGAUGAGAUGCCCCCGUGGGAUGACCCUGGAGAUCAAACCGUGCGAGGUGUGCGGCGACAAAGCCAAGAACAUGCACUUCGGGGGCCUGGUGUGUGACUCUUGCAAGGCCUUCUUCAGGAGGUCGGUGCAGAGCAACGCCUGGGAUCAGUUCAGGUGUGAAAAGGAGGGAAGCUGCAGCAUCAACAAAGCGAACCGGAGAUGCUGUCAGUACUGCAG